AUGGCACCAAAUAGUUUUAUUCUUCCUGAUUUUUCUGAUCUUUUCCAAGAUUUACCUUCUAAACAACCAUCCAUAAUGUCACAGUCACAAGUUGAUAAGCCCGGUCCUAUAAUUGUGAGACCUUUACCUGAUAUUCAGACUUUCAUAGUCUUUUCCGCAAAUUUUGUUCCGUCUGAUACCGAAAAAUGGGUUAAAUUUGAUGACAAGUUACGAAAAUUAUCUGGAACUCCACCUAAAGAUGCUACUCAAAACACUACUGUACAUUUAUACAUCUCGGAUCCUGGGUACGGAAGCACAAAUACCACUAUGCACAUUCUUGUUUCAGACUGUGAGGAUCACCGCGGAAUUGUAGAAAUGUCUCAGUCUUAUCCAUUCAAUGAAUCAAACGAAUCAAGAUGUAAAGUGUGUGAUAAUAUCAUACCUGAAGAGUUAGACAAAGUACAUUAUAAUGAUCCAGCCUUGUUCUCUGAUGGCACUGUGAAUCAAUUUCCAUUAAACAACAACAAUUCUGGCUCCUCCAAUUUUAACAACGUUGCUUCUUCUGAUUCUUUGGGUUUAGGCAUCUCUAUGCCGGGUCUUUCUAACUUGAACGAUUUUGAACUACAGAUUCCGAAUACAAUAGACAUCGGCUCUUAUACACCAGCAGUACAUCCACUCAAAAGUACUACAUCUUCUGUCUAUUCUGUUUCGUCUGCUACUGCCUCAUGCGAUAAUAUCACCCAGACUGUCUCAUCGACAGUUUUAAAAAGUGAUCCAAACACUGAACUUACAGAAUCGGAUAUACCAAUACUUUACGCAAAAUUAGGCGUUUUAUUUCAAUAUUCUGUUAAAAAUUUAAUCCGUUCUUCCACUCGUCAUAAACGUCCCUCGUUCAUUAAGGCUGUUACUGAACCAAAUAAUAAUGCUAAUUUUUGGGGAAUCCCUUACAAAAAUGAUAUCGGAAAGACCAAAAUUAAGGUACUGCAGAGUGUUCGUGAUGUGAGAGCUCAAGAAAGCAAUGAAACGAAAUACAAUAAUAGCCUAAGCCACAUUUCUCAUGAACUCGAUUCGAUUGAGUCCAAUUUUCAAGUUUUGGAAAAGUUUAUUCUGAUAGUUGUUGAAAAUGAUAUUGAAAUCGAAUACAAAUAA